CACAAUGGGGGGAUUCCCCCCAGUAGUUCGUGUCUCUGCCCCUCCCACAAUGGGGAGAUUCCCCCCAGUAGUUCUUGUCUCUGCCCCUCCCACAAGGGGGAGAUUCCCCCCAGCAGUUUGUGUAUCUGCCCCUCCCACAAGGGGGAGAUCCCCCCCCCCCAGCAGUUUGUGUCUCUGCCCCUCCCACAAUGGGGAGAUUUCCCCCAGUAGUUUGUGUCUCUGCCCCUCCCACAAUGGGGAGAUUUCCCCCAGUAGUUUGUGUCUCUGCCCCUCCCACAGUGGGGAGAUUCCCCCCAGUAGUUCGUGUCUCUGCCCCUCCCACAAUGGGGGAAUUCCCCCCAGUAGUUCGUUUCUCUGCCCCUCCCACAAUGGGGAGAUUCCCCCCAGUAGUUCUUGUCUCUGCCCCUCCCACAAUGGGGAGAUUCCCCCCAGUAGUUCUUGUCUCUGCCCCUCCCACAAGGGGGAGAUUCCCCCCAGCAGUUUGUGUCUCUGCCCCUCCCACAAUGGGGAGAUUCCCCCCAGUAGUAGGUUUUUAGUGAAUGAGCCCGUCCUACAGCCUCGUAUUUCACGCCCUCCCUCGGUCCUCUCUGACCUCAGCUCCUCC